AUGACUUCCUCAUUCCUCGAAGUCGAAUUGAAAUCCGCUAUUGAUGGUUUCUCAGGUGGUUACCAAACGAUUGCCAUAAACAAUGACAGUGGUGACAAAAUGGAGAUAUCUUUUCAUCGAACGGUUCGGAUACCGGAUGACGGCAAAAACUACGAGCUUCCCCCUAACCUUGAAAAAUUCCCUCUUUUUUCAAUAGAUGAUCACGCAGUGAAGCUACUUGUCGAUAUUGUUAGGAAGGGAGGUGUAUUUAUUCCUAUUCGGCAACACGAGGCUUUGUGGAUUAAAUUUCAUGCGUACGGGACUUCGCGAUUUGCAGUCAAAGUCUUUGUUAAUGGAAUUGAUGCUAUGUCAGAAGAGAGCAGACAUUGUGAGAUGAAACCUGGGGAGCCUUUCGCUGAAUCAGACGGAGAGCAAGAUUAUCUUGUAGUACCAGGACAAGAAUGGUUUGGUGACUUUGUCAGAACUAAUAAGACAGUCAUACAGCCUGUAGCAGUGCCUACUGGCUCUGGAUACUCGGUUGAAGCACAGGUCAAAGAUUUCGACAAAAUUUCUGGCCUGCAGUUCGAAAUCAUUCCAUUUCGCGUAUUGUCUUACUUUGAUGGCAAAAUAAUCAUUACAAUUCUGACGGGCAAGAGUUUCCCUGUAAAUGUGAACUCCGACAUGACUGUUGCAACGCUCAAAGGUCGUAUAUAG